AUGAGUACCACAACAAAACAUGAGACACUCAUGAAGCGCUAUAAAAAACUUCUAUUAGAUUUCCAGAAGACACAAGCCAGUGUUAAGCAGCUUCAUGAUCAGAUUAACGCAAAACGUCAAGAACAUCAGGAAACCGAAAGACAGUAUAAUUCCCUUCAAGCUGUCGGUCAAAUUGUUGGUGAAGUACUUCGUCCACUUGAUGAUGAGCGUUACAUUGUCAAAACAGUAUCCGGCACACGUUAUGUUGUCGGUGUUCGUACAAGAUUAGACCAUUCACUCUUAACAAACGGCCGUCGUGUUGCCCUUGAUAUCGCCACACAUACAAUUAUGUACGCCCUUCCUCGCGAAGUCGAUCCUUCAGUUUAUCAUAUGUCUACUGAAGAUCCAGGCAAAGUCAACUACAGCGAUAUUGGUGGUCUCGGCGAUCAGCUCAACGAAAUUCGUGAAAUCAUUGAACUUCCUAUUGUCAAUCCGGGCAUUUUCGAACGUGUUGGAAUUCCAGCUCCAAAAGGUGCUCUUUUAUACGGCCCACCAGGUACAGGUAAGACACUCAUUGCUCGUGCUAUUGCUGCUAAUACAAACGCCAAGUUCCUUAAAGUUGUCGCUGCCUCAUUAUUCGAUAGAUAUGUUGGUGAAUCAGCACGUAUUGUCAGAGAAAUGUUCAACUACGCUCGUGAUAAUGAACCAUGCAUUAUCUUCAUCGAUGAAAUCGAUGCUCUCGGUGGAAAACGUCUUGAAGAAGGUUCAUCAACAGAUCGUGAAGUCCAGCGUACUCUUAUGGAGCUCCUUGCUCAGAUGGAUGGUUUCUCAAGUACUUCUAAGGUUAAAGUAAUCAUGGCUACAAACCGUCCUGAUAUUCUCGAUCCAGCUCUUCUUAGACCAGGUCGUCUUGAUAGGAAGAUCGAAAUUCCAUUACCAAACGAGCAAAGCCGUCUCGAAAUUAUCAAGAUCCACUCAAAGGGACUUAAUAUUCAAGGUGAAGUUGAUUACGAUGCAAUUGUUAAGCUCAGCGAAGGCUUCAAUGGCGCAGAUCUUAGAAAUGUCUGCACAGAAGCUGGUCUGUUCGCACUUAGAGAAACAAGAGACCAUGUUAUUAACGAAGAUUUCAUGAAGGCUGUACGUACUGUCAAACAGACAAAGGGUAUGGAAUCAACACUUCACUACGACAAGGUUUAA